AUGGAGGACUACCUCGAAGAAGGGUUUGACCCACGUUCAGUCACUAUUCCGCGUCUGCGAUCGAUUCUUGUUACGCAUAAUGUUGAGUACCCCGCGACUGCCAAAAAGGCCCAGCUUGUCGAGCUGGUUGAAGAUCAUGUACUGGCUCAAGCGCCAAAGCUGCGGGCUCAGCGCGCCCGAGCUAAGAGAUCAAGCAUGGGAAUCGUGAAUGCCGGCAGUCCGGAAGAUAACGGCACCUGGGAUGACUACGAUCUCCCACCUCCAUCGACUACCAAGAGGCGUUCGAAGUCUCCUCGAAAGUCGUCGGCACGUGUUAAGGCUGAGGAUGAUGUCCUGGCGACUCCUGUGCCCAGGAGUCCUACCAAACGCAGCACACGGUCAGUAAGCCGUGCGCUUUCUCACGCUGACGACCACGAGAACUACGAUGCCCCUCGUUCCGUUCGCCAACCGAGGAGAACAGUUACGCCACAGGUCAAAGAUGAACCACAAGAAGAAGAGACAAUCCUGCCCGACCAUGAAGAAAGCGUGUUCACUCACGACAACCCUUUUCAGAGUGGGAGUUCGCCUGCUCAACAUAAAACACCUACCAAUCGCCGCCGUACAACUGCCGGCGACUCCAUCAGAAGUGUAAAGUCAUCGUCCCGACGCAGGACAGAUGGCUACAAUGACGACUAUGAAGACGAUGUUGAGCCUACUCCCAGAUAUCGCGAGCCGACUCCGGACUUACUGGAACCUGGCGAGGAGUUCACCCCGAACGAGCAAUUAGAAUUGGAGCAAGCUGCAAGUCGGGGUGAAAUGGAGAUCGAGCCUCGCAAGCCUUCUCAACAGGUAUCUCGAAGGGGUGGUUUUAAGGCACCUCUCUUUGUCCUCUUGAUGUCUCUUGUUGGAGCCUACCUUGCGUGGUAUCGUCAAGAGAAAAUCGCGGUCGGCUAUUGCGAAGUCGGUGGUCAAGCAAAGCCACUUUUUUCACAAGAUGUUCCUAUCCCAGACGCUCUUGUUCCUUUCUUUGAGCCUCAGUGCGAGCCUUGCCCUUCGCAUGCGUAUUGUUACCAUGACUUUUCAGUUCGUUGCGAGAAUGGAUUCAUUCUCAAGCCGCACCCAUUGUCUCUUGGUGGGCUAGUGCCACUUCCCCCUACUUGUGAGCCGGAUGGCGAGAAAGCGCGCCGCGUUAAAGCUGUAGCUGAUAGAGCUAUUGAAGAGCUCAGAGAUCGCCGAGCUCAGUAUGAGUGCGGGGAGCUUGUUGAUGAGGAUGGCAAGAAAGAGGAAUCUCCUGCGAUGGCUGAACACGAGCUUAAGGCGACCGUGAGCCGCAAGAGGUCCAAGAGACUCAACGAGGACGAGUUUGAUGAACUGUGGGCUGCCGCCAUUGGCGAGGUCGCAGCUAGAGAUGAGGUCGAGAUCAUUGAGACAGCACCAUCGUCCAAUUCCUCCGAUCUUUCAGACAGAUGGCUAUCGUCCUCGUCUCUCGCUCGCCUUCCGUACACCUGCGCGAUCAAACGAUCAAUCCGACUCGGCCUGGCAAGAUAUAAAUUCCCAGCUGGAUUUUUGAUCGCUCUAAUUCUCGUUAUUUUCUACUUGCGAGCCCGAUAUCGGAAGCACGUGGCUACAAGUGCUCAAAUUCCUGCUCUCGUCGACCUAGUACUGGGUAGACUUGCCAAUCAGAAGGAACUCGGUGAAGAAGGCAUCGAUGAUCCUUGGUUGUUUUUACCAAACUUGAGAGAUGACGUCCUCCGGGCUAUUCACUCGUUGUCUGAGCGAGAACGCAUCUGGCAGCGGGUUCGAGCUGUUGUAGAACAAAACAGCAAUGUUCGAACCAGUCAGCGCGAAGGAAGAAGCGGCGAAGUAGGUCGCGCUUGGGAGUGGAUUGGCCCUGUUGCUGGCGACGGAGCAAGGAGGCGACGGAGCGGCCGGGUAUCGCUCGGUCCUAACUCUCAGUUAGAGUCGCCAGAGCCAACAAAGGCAACCCCUGAUGUGAAAAAGUGGGAGGAAUCGAGACCAAUCUACUAA